UAUCAUAGCAUAUGGCUCAAAGAGUAUUGCUUCCAAUUUGAUCAAUCUUCCUUUGUUCAAAAGAAUGUCACUAAUCUCAACCUUGUUUCUAGCUGCUUUAGGUGCUCUCACAUUUCAAAUCUUCUAUUUCUCACCUAUAGAUCCAGUUUUGCUUGAAAUACCACCUUCAUUAUUUUCCACUCUUUCAACCAAAAACAACCAAUUACAGAAUGUGAUUAAACUUGGAGAAGGAUUUUUGAAGCAACCAGAAGAUGUUUGUGUGGAUAAAGAAGGGACCAUCUAUACAUCAACAAGAGAUGGUUGGAUUAAAAGAUUGCCAAGGAAUGGAAAUUGGGAGAAUUGGAAGUAUAUACAUAAUUCUACUUUGAUUGGAAUCACAACAGCAAAAGAUGGUGGUCUCAUUGUGUGUGAUGGUACUAAGGGUUUGCUCAAGGUUACAGAAGAUGGUUUCAGUGUUAUCCUUUCACUAGAGAAUGAUUCUCAAUUAAGGUUUGCGGAUGAUGUAAUAGAAGCAGUGGAUGGAAACAUAUAUUUCAGUGUUCCAAGUACAAAAUUUGGUUUACACAGUAUGCAUCUAGAUGUGCUUGAGGCAAGACCUCAUGGACAACUUUUAAAGUACAAUCCUACUUCAAAUGAGACCGUUAUUGUCGUUCAUGAUUUGGCCUUAGCCAAUGGCGUUGCACUAUCCAAGGACCAAGAUUUUAUUGUGGUUUGCGAAACUUGGAAAUUUAGGUGUAUGAGACAUUGGCUAAAAGGAAUUAAUAAAGGCAAAACAGAUACCUUCAUUGAAAACCUUCCUGGUGGACCUGAUAACAUUAAUCUUGCUCCUGAUGGCUCAUUCUGGAUCGCUUUGGUUCAGUUAACUUCUGAAAAGACAAGGUUUGUGCACACCUCUAUGGUAAUCAAGCACUUGUUAGCUUCAUUUCCAAAGCUAAUUAGCCUGAUUAAUACUUCAAAUAAGUCAGCAAUGGUGGUGAAAGUAACAAAUGAAGGCAAGAUUAUCAAAAAAAUUGGUGAUAGUGAAGGGAAGGUGAUGAAUUUUGUAACUUCAGCUGUGGAAUUUGAGGACCAUCUUUACCUAGGUAGUCUUACAUCUAACUUUGUUGGAAAAUUUCCACUCCAAAUGCGUAGAAAAAGUGAAAAUAUCUUAUGAGUUUUUGUAUGUAGCACAUCUAAGUGUUACUACUAUUAUGUAAAUUUUUGUUUGUUAUUGAUCUAGGAAUAAUACACGGAUGGAAUUAAUCGUGAGAAAAAUGAGAUAAAUUAUCAAUAUUUUAUGGUUUGUUAGUUA